UUAACUAAUCAAUCGUUUCUUAUUGAUGGGUAAAUUAAAUUAUCCGGAGUAAUAUCUAAACGCUUUUUAGAAAUGACAGGUCCUAUCCAAUCACAAUAAUCCUCAACCUCGAGCCGUUGAUAAGUUUAUUUCUGCUAAGAAACUUAUACGCGCUUCCAUUAGUCCGCAAGAAGAUGAUAAGAAACGAUGAUUGCGCUAGUUGCCAAAAUAAUUAACUUAUUCGCAUUGACCGUUCGAAGUGUUUUAUUUGGAGCUUCAGUCGUCGGACAUGUAAUAUUUCUUGCAGUUGCAGGCGUUUGUACGGCACUGGUAAACUUUGUUGAUAGUGUUCGAACGUUUAUUCAGAUAGUUUAUGAAGACAACUUACCGAUCUUCAACGAGGACAUACCCAACUUCACUAAUGAUGUUAUCGACACGUUCGUCAGCCAAGUGGUGUUCGUCUGGAGCGGUGUGACGAAGGUUUACAGCGACAUAUUUCUCAAAUUCAGUGCCAUCGUGCUCUCCAUCAAGUGGCUAAUAGACUCAGUGUUUCUGGUGAUUUCUGAGGUGUUAUACAUUAUAAAAAGUGCUGUGAUAUGUUUAGGGGAUGCACUAUGGCUCAUAGUUACAUUUAUUCCUGUUCAGCUGCCUCAGCUGGUGAAGCAGUUGCUGAGGUACUUUACAGACAUAGCCAUAGAUGGCAUUGUAAGUGCUUACAUGACAUUGUUGAAGUUUACCAACUUCCUGACUGAUGUGCCUUUGGAGUCAUUUAUGGGUAUAAUUAGUGCCAUUGUUAUUGUGCGUUUGUGCAUACAUUUUAGAGAGGAUAUUCAAACUAGGUUUACAUCACUUUAUUGGGCUGUGGUAAGAAACAGUUUGUACUUAUAUCAUCUGUUUUAUAAUUAUUUUACUGACUCGGAGGUGAGGGUGAUAACUAGUUUAGUGGGUGGUAGGGAAGCCCGUGUGAGGGAGGCGGAGGCCAUUGUGCGUGCAGCCAAUGAUGCUGCAGAUGCUGCUGAUGCACUUUGCGUCAUUUGCCAAGAACGGCAAAAAUGUGUUCUGACACUGCCAUGUCGCCACAUCUGCCUGUGUAGCGAGUGUUGUAUGAGACUGUAUGGGUAUCAAAGGACUUGUCCUAUUUGUAGAACUUUCAUUUACCACUCCGUGACUGUGUACUUGUGACAGACAUACUUUACAUUCCUGGCUUAAGGUAUUUUCUCAAUUCCAAUUUAGAUUUACCAAAGAUCAGGCUCACUUAGUCGAGCUGAAAUGUAUCCACUGAUUUGAUCUUCGAGGUCUUAUUGAGGUGACUCAAAUAAAAAAUAGUGAGUUAAAAAUUGUUCGAUUUACUUAAUGAAGAUCUGUAUCUUCUAAUUUGUUUUGUACAAAAUUGUUCUUAUACAGCUAUUGCAAUAACUUUCUGCAUAGUUGUUUCAAAUUAUAUAGGAGAUCUGAAUUGUAAGAAUGGAUACAUACAUUGUGUAUUAUGUUAAUACUUCUUAUGCUUUUAGUUGUGUUAUUUGUACACUUUGUUUCCACAUUUUCUUGUUUAUAGCAUUUAUAAGGACACACUAACCCAGCGGUCGGCAACAUUUUUAGCAGCCAAGGGCCACAUAGUAUUUAACGAAGUAGAAGCGGGCCGCACUUUGUUAAUAUUUGUGACUUUAUCAGACAUUGUCGUUAGUCAAUAUUACAUAUGAAAAAGCCAGGAAGGCUUGCGGGCCGCAAGUAAGAGGUUUGCUACCUGUUGCCGACCACUGCACUAAGCAAUAACUAUAUAAAUACAGCUAAGUGAAGCGCACUCAUAUAGUAGCAAUCUCAUGAUAUGAAACAUCUGCAUAAAUAUAAUAUAAAUUACUUACUUUAAUUAUAAGUGAUAAUUACAAAACAAUACAAAUAAUCUUUGGUUUUGAUAUUACUAAUUUAAUCCUUAUUAUUUGCUGCUUUUGUAGGUCAGUGACCAAUACUUGCAAAUGCAAUAAUAAAUUUUUAUAUUCAUA